CAAAAGAAAAGACAAAAUAAAGUAUAGAGAUGAUGAAUUAACGGCUUUGGACAAGCCACACGAUUCGCUUUGCUUAUCUUGCUCCACCCAAUCCAAAUUGAGACACAAUCUCUAUCGAAUCCACGCGCCUCUAUCUUUUUUCAAUCGAGUCGCCAUUAACAUAUUUCAUCAAGCUCAGUCCACUCUUCUCAUGAAACUUCAUCAUCAUCGACCUUGACCCUGAUAGGUUUCAGACGACACCCAUUAUUGUAAAUCUGCUGCUGGAGUCUUUUUUGUCUGAAUCUUCUUCUUGUUGAGACACUGUUUCUUCUUGGUCUGUGAUUUUUGUUUUGUUCUCAUUAGGACGUUCUUUAUUCCGGUUCAGAUUUACUGGAUCGUCAUUUUCUCUUUGAAAUUGUAUUUUUUUGUUCCUUUUCUGGUAUGUUGUGAAAGCUAUGAGAUUGCUGUAAGAAUCCAAGACUGACCAACAUGUUUCCCCUGUGCUCGGCCACAAGCUGCCGUUACCAUUCUCAGAUUUUAUUUCCUGGCAAUUGGCGAGGCUGUUCUUCCUUCAGGAGAGAGUUGAUUCACAGAUACAGUUCAGGUGACAAUGCCUUCUUUGGUAUCUCUAAUGGAACACGCCUGCAGAAGAGUUUCGUACCUCAAGCCACUGGGAGUUUCUUGACCGGUACUAUCGAAAAAACAGAACAACCAGUAUCAACAUUCGGAAGUUUGUGCCAGAAUGAGUUGGACAGAAUAAACUACAUGGUUUAUAACAUGAGUGAAGCUUUUGUAGCGAGUGAUGAGGGACUGACAUAUGUAGAAAAUGGAGAAGAUGUGUUCCCUGUUGAAGCUGUUGCAGCAGAUGUUUCUCCUGUUGAAGCUGUUGUACCAGAUGUUUCCCCCAUUGAAUGCCUUUCUGCUGAGACUUUAACCGAUAAGACCAGUAGCCUUAUAGACUCUGUUGAAUCGGGAACCAAUGCGACUGUUAAAAUAUCUCCGGAUAGUUCAGUCUCACUUCCUGAUGCGAAAGCUAGCUUUGAUGACUUUUCUUCUGGGCUCAAGCAGUCCUUCAGCUCUUCACUUCCUGAUGCGAAAGCUAGCGUUGAUGACUUUUCUUCUGGGGUCAAGGAGUCCUUCAGCUCUUCACUUAACCAAGGAGAAAAUGCUGUAAAGAACACUUUGGAGUCCUUCUCCUCGUCUGUGACAUCCAUUACAAAGAAUGCUUCUGAAGUUGUAGAUAGUGCAGUUAACAGAGCGUUUUCUACGCUAGACCAAACGGGAGAUGUAGCUGGAGACAAGUUUUCGAGUUUUUCUACUGGCUUGAAGGAAGCUUCAAACAGAGCAGCUGUUAUUGCCAUUGAUCUGCUGAGGCAAUCAGUUAGUCUUGGAGAGAGAUCUGUAACAAAUGGAGUUUCUUUUGUUGUGUACUCUUAUGGAUCAGCAAAAGAAUUACUUCCUCCAGAUGUAAAGAGUGCCCUUAACUCGUCAGAAGAUGUUGCUCUAAAAGUAUUGAGUCCCGUGGGAGCUGUAUUGCAGCAGGUAUCUGUUGCCAUUGGAGGUUUGGAGAGAAAUAUCGGUUUGGAUCCAGAUGACCCAAUCCUUCACCUUUUUCUCUUCGUAGGCACCACAGGAACCUUUUGGGUUCUAUAUCGGGUUUGGACAUAUGGUGGAUAUGCUGGAGAUUUGUCUCCCAAGUCAACUCUGGACCUUUUAAAAUCAAGAGACAAGUCAGUGCUCAUAGAUGUCAGGCCUGAAGCCUUGAGAGAGAAAGAUGGAAUACCUGAUCUGCGGAGAUCAGCUCGAUUUCGAUAUUCUAGCGUGACACUGCCUGAGGUUGACGGUGAUGUCAAACGGCUACUGAAAGGUGGAAGUGAAGUAGAUGAUAUCUUGACAGCAGUAAUCAUCAAGAACUUGAAAAUAGUUCAGGACAGGUCCAAGGUUGUUGUUAUGGAUGCUGAUGGAACUCGUUCAAAGGGUAUUGCAAGAGCCCUGAGAAAAGUUGGGAUUAAGAGGCCAUACUUGAUGCAAGGUGGGUAUAGAUCAUGGGUACAGGAAGGUCUUCGUGUGAAAGAGCCAAAACCUGAGACAACACUUACCAUCCUCAACGAGGAAGCUGAGGCGAUUUUUGAGGACAUAAAUCCCUCUCCAUUGCAACUAUUUGGAGUUGGUGUGGGUUUUUUCGCAGCAUUGUAUGCUUUGUCUGAGUGGGAGAAAACACUGCAACUCAUAGCUGUCAUCGGCCUUAGUCUGACUAUAUACCUACGACUUUCUUCAUAUGAUGACUCCGAAGACUUCAAACAAGACGUCAGGCUGUUGCUUGCACCUGUGAAACUCGGAGCUCAGGCUUUCUCGUGGGCUGCAGGAAAACUAGAAACAAAUGGUGUUGGCCUCCCAACUUCGCCUUCUUCUUCAGAUGUUCGAAGCCGGGUUUUGCAAGCUGCUGCUAAGCAUGAAUCGAAACCCUCUGAUGAAACUUCUGAAAGUCUCCAAGAUGCAUCAUCGUCACCAGAAGAAGCUUUGAACAACGUUGAUGUCUCCGAAGCGUAAAGACUCUGAAAAUUGUUUUCUAUUUUUCUUAUAAUUGCCAAGAAUUACUUUUGUUCGUCUCUUGGAACCGUUAACAUCGGCAACAGAAAAAGUGUAAUAAAAAAAAACUGUUUUCUUUUCGUUCGGAUGCUGAGAUUUGUUUUGCAAAUUUAGAACUAGCUAAAUUGGGUCAAAAGUUAUAGGUUACACGUAAAAUUAUUACAGC